AUGGCCACCAACGCCUACCUCACCACACCAACCAAAACCCCAUCCCACUCCCGCAAACACCCCCACCCCAAUUCCUCCGCCGCAAACGACAUGUCGCCCUCCUUUUCCUCCGUCUUCAACUCCAACUCCAAGUCCCGCUUCGAGGCCUACAACCGCCUCCAAGCCGCCACCGUGGCCUUCGGCGAGAAGCUCCCCAUCCCCGAGAUCGUCGCCCUCGGCGGCCAAUCCGACGGCAAGAGCUCCCUCCUCGAAGCUCUCCUAGGGUUUCGGUUCAAUGUCCGCGAGGUUGAGAUGGGCACUCGCAGGCCUCUCAUUCUUCAGAUGAUCCAUGACCCCACCGCUCUCGAGCCCCGGUGCCGAUUCCAGGAGGAGGAUUCUGAAGAAUAUGGAAGUCCAGUAGUGUUGCCAUCUGCGAUUGCGGAUCUUAUAAAGUCUCGAACAGAUGCGCUUUUGAAGAAGACAAAAACUGCAGUGUCUUCCAAGCCAAUUGUGCUGAGAGCAGAAUAUGCUCAUUGUCCAAAUUUAACAAUUAUUGAUACUCCAGGGUUUGUUCUUAAGGCAAAGAAAGGAGAACCUGAAAGGACACCUGAAGAAAUUCUUUCAAUGGUGAAGGCAUUAGCUAGUCCUCCCCACCGCAUUCUCCUGUUCCUUCAACAAAGUAGUGUGGAGUGGUGCUCAUCCUUGUGGUUGGAUUCCAUUCGUGAAAUUGAUCCAACAUUCAAAAGGACUAUAAUUGUUGUCUCGAAGUUUGAUAAUCGUCUAAAGGAAUUUUCUGACCGGUGGGAAGUGGACCGCUAUCUGAGUGCAAGUGGUUACCUUGGAGAUAACACUCACCCAUAUUUUGUUGCUUUGCCAAAGGAUAGGAAUACCAUUUCAAAUGAUGAGUUCCGCAAGCAAAUAUCUCACGUAGACUCAGAAGUUCUACGACAUCUGCGUGAAGGUGUGAAGGGAGGAUUUGAUGAAGAAAAGUUUAGGCCUUACAUUGGCUUUGGCUCUUUGAGAGAAUAUUUGGAGUCUGAACUACAAAAAAGGUAUAAAGAAGCUGCCCCAGCUACUCUUGCUUUGCUUGAGGAGCGCUGCAGUCAAGUCACCACCGAACUAGCCACAAUGGAUUCAAAAAUACAGGCUACUUCCGAUGUUUCUCAGCUUAGAAGAUCUGCAAUAUUGUACACAUCUUCUAUAAGCAAUCAUGUGGGGGCUUUGAUUGAUGGAGCAGCAGAUCCUGCCCCUGAGCAAUGGGGGAAAACAACUUUUGAUGAGCGUUCAGAAAGUGGUAUUGGGGGUUGGCCUGGUGUUACAGCAGAGAUAAGGCCUCCCAAUGCUACUCUUCGACUGUAUGGAGGAGCUGCAUUUGAAAGGGUCAUGCAUGAAUUUCAUUGUGCUGCAUAUUCGAUUGAAUGCCCUCCAGUGUCGAGGGAGAAGGUAGCAAAUAUACUACUUGCUCAUGCUAGCAGAGGCGGGGGUAGAGGAGUGACAGAGGCAGCUGCAGAGAUUGCCCGAGCUGCUGCCCGAUCAUGGCUUGCUCCUCUUCUUGACACUGCAUGCGACCGGCUUUCUUUUGUUUUGGGAAAUCUCUUUGAGCUUGCUCUAGAACGGACUCGCUACCGUGAUUCUGAAAAUGGGGGGAAAUCAGGAAAUAUGGAUGGGUGUGUUGGUUUUCAUGCUGCUCUAAGGCAGGCUUACAAUCGCUUUGUAAAAGAUCUAUCUAAACAGUGCAAGCAACUAGUCCGCCACCACCUGGACUCGGUUACAAGUCCAUACUCAUUGGUUGGUUAUGAGACUGAUUUCCAGGGAAGUUAUGGCUCCAGUGCAACCUCUUUUGUCAGAUCUAACCAGUCCUCAGUCAAUUCAUUUUUACUUGAGUUGUCUGACGUCUCAAUGAUAGAUCAGGAGAAUAACCCUCCAGAAAAGAAUGUACAGCAAACAACUCCAGGAAAAGGGGCAGAGGCUAGAGAUCCUCUUCGAGAAUGCCAAAUGACUGUGCCUGAGACUCCAUCACCUGAUCAGCCCCGUGAUGAUGGUGCAAAGAAGGAUCUUGGAAAUGGCAUUGAUAUUGGACCCAGAAAGCGGGUAUCAAGAAUGACAGGCAAUAACAAAUACUUUGACAAUGUAAGAGCACAAAAUGGGGGCUCCCUUCUCUUUGGAAAUGGGGAUGAUGCUUUAAGAUCAGGUUCACCUUACACAGAAGUUUGUUCAUCCGCUGCACAGCACUUUGCACGCAUACGUGAAGUUCUUGUUGAGAAAAAUGUGGCAUCAGCUCUGAAUUCUGGGUUCCUAACCCCUUGUCGAGAUCGGCUUGUUCUGGCACUUGGUUUGGAUUUGUUUGCUGUGAAUGAUGAGAAAUUCAUGGACAUGUUUGUUGUCCCUGGUGCAAUUGAUCUACUACAAAAUGAGCGGCAGUCACUCCAGAAGCGUCAAAAGACACUCCAGUCUUGCUUGACUGAGUUCAAAACUCUUGCUCGAGCUCUUUGA